CGUCAUCAUGUCAGUUCACCUCUUCCCACCCUGUUCUCCUUUGCAGCUGCUCUACUGGUAUUCACUCCUUCCGCCGCCACUCGCGCCGUCGCCGGAAUUGUAUGGAAAUCUAGGGUUAGAGGGGAAUGGGCUGCCUGCAGUCGAAGACCAGCAACGUACAGUCGCCUGAAGAGGAGUCUCCUCCGGCGGAGAAGGAAGAUUCACGGGAGAAGGGGGAGCAAGAUCGGGUACCGGUGUUCCGGGAGUUUAACUUGGCGGAGCUGCGGGCGGCGACGAAGGGGUUUAGCUCCGAGCUCAUCGUAUCGGAAAGCGGCGAGAAAGCGCCGAACGUUGUAUACCGGGGUAAGCUAGAGGGCGGAAGGCUGGUCGCUGUCAAACGGUUCUCACGCCAGUCGUGGCCUGAUGCUCAACAGUUUGUGGUGGAGGCGGCAGGGGUGGGUAGGUUGAGGCACAAGAGGCUGGUUAACCUAAUCGGUUGCUGCGCUGAAGGGGAUGAGAGGCUACUUAUCGCCGAGUUCAUGCCAAAUGACACUCUUUCCAAGCAUCUUUUUCACUGGGACAAGCAGCCUUUACCAUGGGAAAUGCGAGUUAGAGUUGCAUACUACAUCGCACAAGCACUUGAUCAUUGCAAUAUUGAAAAUCGGAAAAUAUAUCACGACUUAAAUGCUUACAGGGUUUUGUUCGAUGAGGAUGGUGAUCCCUGUUUGUCUAGCUUUGGCCUUAUGAAAAAUAGUCGAGAUGGGAAAAGCUAUAGUACAAACUUGGCUUAUACCCCUCCAGAGUUCUUACGAACAGGCAGGGUAAUUCCAGAGAGCGUAAUUUACAGUUAUGGAACAGUUUUAUUGGAUCUUUUGAGCGGCAAGCAUAUCCCUCCAAGUCAUGCAUUAGAUAUAAUAAGAGGGAAGAACAUCUUAAUGUUAAUGGACUCGUCCUUGGAGGGACAGUAUGCAAAUGAAGAUGCCACCAAACUUGUAGAACUUGCUUCAGAGUGCCUACAGUUUGAGGCUAAGGAUCGACCAAAUUCCAAGUUUCUCCUUUCUGCAGUUGAACCUCUUCAGAAACAGAAAGAGGUUGCUUCACUUGUUUUGAUGGGUAUAUCAAAGGCCACUGUGGUAUUACCAACAAUGCUUUCUCCACUAGGAAAGGCUUGUGCAAGGAUGGACCUAGCUGCAGUACAUGAUAUUUUGCUUAAAGCAGGAUAUAAAGAUGACGAAGGAGCUGAAAACGAGUUAUCAUUUCAAGAAUGGACUCAACAAGUACAAGAGAUGUUGAACACAAAGAAAUUUGGUGAUAUUGCAUUCAGAGACAAGGAUUUCAAGAGUGCAAUUGAGUACUACUCAAAGCUCGUAGUGAUGAUGUCAGUGCCUUCUGCAACCGUCUUUGCAAGGAGAGCUCUUUCUUAUCUGAUGAACGGGCAACCAGAGCUCGCACUUCGAGAUGCCAUGCAAGCCCAGGUGUGCUUGUCUGAGUGGCCAACAGCCUUUUAUCUUCAGGCCCUCGCCCUCUCAAAAUUAGGCAUGGAAACUGAUGCCCAGGAUAUGCUCAAUGAUGGAGCUUCCUUCGAAGCUAAGAAGCAAAAUAGCUGGCGAGGUUAAAUGUUUCUCUUGAAAAGAAAGUCUCCAUCACUAAAGCAGAUCUCCCUCAGGUUCCUGAUAAUGCUUCCAGUGGAUAAGUACUUCUAAGAGAAUUGAAUUCUGGUGUGGAAGCUGGAGAUGGCAAAAUAAAUGUAUAGUAUUAGUAUCUUCAGGAGAAAUAAUUUUGUAUGUUCUUAUGGUACUUGGGUUUUGAUCUAAUUAUCGCGUCUGUAGUUGUGGGAGAGAUUGAGCUUGGAGGGAUGGCAAUUGGAUUGAAUAUUUAUCUAUGAACAGAUGAUGAUUAGCAUUCAAACUGCUUGGGGUAUGUGCUCUGUUGUGUGCUUACGUGCGAUAAUUUUUUACAGAUUGAUGAUGAUAAAUGGUUUUUAUUAAGCUGAGAAA